UUGACCUCGUGAUCCACCCGCCUCAGCCUCCCAAAGAGCUGAGAUUACAGGGGUGAACCACCGCGCCCAGCCUAUUGCUGUCUUAAAUAGCUGUUAUUACAUAUCCAGUUGCAGCCUUUUUUUUUUUUUUUCUGGUUGAGCAGUGUUAUUGCUUCAGAAUGUCUGCAGUUAUUUGUGCCUAUAUGUCAUGGCAUCUUAACACUUUUGUGAAUUUUGUUUUGUAAGCUUUAAAUCCGGUACUAUUUUUCAAAAUGAAUAUGGAGUAGUCAUUGGAGAAAUUGGUUGAAUUCUUUGCAGUAGCAAAUAAAUUGUAUUCAUUUUUAAGUUUGAUAACCUUGGUAAACUGAAUUCUACAAAGUUUACACGUGUUUUAGGAUCCCCUCAAAAUGUACAGGGCAUUGUGUUUUGCAAAAUAGCCAUUUAGCCAUCAGAUUCUUCUGUAGAAUUUUGAUCUUUUUGCCCAUGUGAGAGGUAGUUCUUAUUUGUAUGGAGAUUAAGUACCUGCGGAUGGGAUAUGUUCAUCACCACUUUACAGUAUGAAUUUGAUCUUGCAACUGAAGUGAAAACUUUUCUGUUAACCUGUCAGAGUUUUUAGUAGCCUCUUGUUAUUGACCACAUAUUAAUUCCCUAUGUUAGUUAUUCGAAGCUAAGUGUGGGGACUGAAAUCUUUGUUUUUCUUCUUUUGAGCAGUUGAUAGUCUCUAGCAUCAGGAGGAGGUGACCUCAAAUAUGUAUGUGUAUAUAGUAGUGCUUUUCUUCCUUCUCUUUCGUUGUCUGCAGUUUGAAAACUGUUGUGAUAAGUUUAUGUUGUACUUCCAAAAAUGUUGCCAAAGAGCCUAUAUUUUUCCAUUUGUUUUGGAAGAAAAUUACUUUGUGGGCAAGAAGGUGAUUUAAAUUCCUGACGGCCUAAGAGGCAUCCGCUGUGUGAAAUAGGCCGCUGCUGUUAGUGCUUGAGAUCGAUGAUGGUUUGUAUUUGGUUAAGACACAGAGAUGGACUUGUUGGGAGUUUGGCCUGAGAUCGCUAGCUGAGGAAUGCUUGCUUUUUUUCUUGAAGGGAAAUGUGUUUUAGGCAUCCAGAGUAAAAAGCUGGUGUUACUUAGUUUGAUUCUUCGACCACUAUGGUGAUAGGAAGUAGCCAGUCUGUGCAGGAAACUGCUGUUAUCCGGCCUCAACUUAGUUUUUGUGGGACCUCUUGAGGUUAGCAAAUUUAUGCCUCCCGAAACUAUAGUUGUAGGGUUUGUCUUUGAGCAUAUAGUAAUGGAAAAACCCUUAUCGAUAGGUAGAUAGUAAAUAAUUUUGUAUUUGGCUGCUAUGAAAUUUUUAAGAAACAGUUUGUGGUGAUGUGAAUUUGUUUUCAUCUGGCAGUCACUGGUUUUUCCACCCUGCCCUCUUAAGAGAACAGAGUUGCUUUAAUUUGUUUGCCAGAACUUUAAAUUUUGCAUUUAGUAACAACAGAGGCAUUGUGUUUUUGUAGUAUGAAAACAACGAAAGAUCACUUUGUGAACUUUACUUUUUGAUAUUGACCACUUGCUGUGUAGCCUUAAAUUUCUUACAAGUAUCCCCUGUUAACUGUUAAACACAAAAUCUAUGUUCAUUUCGUGUUCUUGGGACCUUUAAAAAUGCAGCGUGCAUUAUCCAGAAAAGCCUGUUCAAAAACAAGCUUUUCAAGUGGCCACUGAAGUUUUUGGAUGAUGAUACUGAGAUACAGAGGAAGGUUCUGCAGAAGAGCGGGAUAAAAACAUUCAGAUGGCAGAUCACAGUUUUUCAGAUGGGGUUCCUUCAGAUUCCGUGGAAGCUGCUAAAAAUGCAAGUAAUACAGAAAAGCUCACAGAUCAGGUGAUGCAGAAUCCUCGAGUUUUGGCAGCUUUACAGGAGCGACUUGACAGUGUCCCUCACACCCCUUCCAGCUACAUCGAAACUUUACCUAAAGCAGUAAAAAGAAGAAUUAAUGCAUUGAAACAACUUCAGGUGAGAUGUGCUCACAUAGAAGCCAAGUUCUAUGAAGAGGUACAUGACUUGGAAAGAAAGUAUGCAGCACUAUACCAGCCUCUUUUUGACAAGAGAAGAGAAUUUAUCACCGGUGAUGUUGAACCAACAGAUGCGGAAUCGGAAUGGCACAGUGAAAAUGAAGAGGAAGAGAAAUUGGCUGGAGACAUGAAAAAUAAAGUAGUCAUAACUGAAAAAGAAGCAGCAACAGCUGAAGAGCCAAAUCCCAAAGGAAUUCCAGAGUUCUGGUUUACCAUCUUUAGAAAUGUAGAUAUGCUAAGUGAAUUAGUCCAGGAAUAUGAUGAACCAAUCUUGAAACACCUGCAGGAUAUUAAAGUGAAGUUUUCUGACCCUGGACAGCCUAUGUCUUUUGUGUUAGAGUUCCACUUUGAACCCAACGACUACUUUACCAACUCAGUCCUGACAAAAACCUACAAGAUGAAAUCAGAACCGGAUAAGGCUGAUCCCUUUUCCUUUGAAGGUCCUGAGAUUGUGGACUGUGACGGGUGUACCAUUGACUGGAAGAAAGGAAAGAAUGUUACUGUCAAAACCAUCAAGAAAAAGCAGAAGCAUAAGGGUCGAGGCACUGUUAGAACAAUUACGAAACAAGUACCCAAUGAGUCCUUUUUCAACUUCUUCAAUCCACUGAAAGCAUCGGGGGAUGGAGAAUCACUGGAUGAAGAUUCUGAAUUCACAUUAGCCUCUGAUUUUGAAAUUGGACACUUUUUCCGUGAGCGGAUAGUCCCGCGGGCUGUGCUGUACUUCACUGGGGAGGCCAUAGAGGAUGAUGACAAUUUUGAAGAAGGCGAAGAAGGAGAAGAGGAGGAAUUAGAAGGUGACGAGGAGGGAGAAGACGAGGAUGAUGCAGAAAUUAACCCCAAGAAGGAACCCAGCCAGCCGGCGGAAUGCAAGCAGCAGUAGGAAGCGGAGGCGGGUGCCUGGCAGACCGACUGUCGGGACUCCAGGCCUGUGGGCGGGGCCCCGGUCCUUGCCGCAGCACAAUCCCGUCGACAGAGCUUACUCCAUCUAACUCGUUUUCAAGUGCAUGAUUUUCACUUUCACUUUUCCUUUUUCCUUAUUAUUUUGCUUAACUUGUACAGUGGCAACUGAAAUGCAUUUCAGAAAUAGGAGGUUUCGUCCAGCACCCUCUGCAGCCUUGGUGCCUGUAGCUCUGGACUUGCCUGGGCCCUGUGGGAGGGCCCCAUAGAUCACAUCGGGGUGGGGGGGGUCACUUGGCAAAAAGGGCCGAGGUCUGAUGUGGUUCCCAGGAUCUAGAACCUCUCCCGCCCUCCUGCAGUUGGACUGAAUUCUUCCCUUUCAUUCGAAGAAACCCACUUGCUGUUUCCAGCUGCUUAAUCUGCCGAGUGUGCAGCCUGCGUCACAUGUUAUAUGCUAAUCAUCUCAGAAGGGCUGUGUAGAGUAGGGCCGUGUUCUUCUUAGGAUGUUGCUUCUUGAUUUUCUUUUUUUAAGGGGUGGGUCAGGGUUGUGACACACCAGCCCAGGCAAGAGCUGCUGCGGGUCACCUCAUAUUUAUUUAUCCCUUCUUGCCUGUGAGGACUGCGGCCUUUCGCUGUCACUCGUCCUUACCAUUUCUGAACCACCUUGGUGACCUGGGCGGGAAGAUGUGCCACUUCCUAGCAGGAGCAAGGCCUGUGCGGAAGAAACGCUGCUCCUUGCCACCAGGGCUGAAGACGCGAGCCCGUCCUCGUGACGCAGGCGCCGCCCUGCUGCCGGAGCCGGGCUUCGGCGGUCUUCUCCAGUGAGGGGCUGGGCUGGGAAGUCCUGCGUUUCAGUUGAGCGUAUGAGCGUCAAGUCCUGCUUUCUCAGUAGCCCCAUUGCUGGGCCCCACCAUUCAUCCUGUCUGAAGGUCCUGGGUUUGGUGUGACCGGUUGGCGGCUGCUGGGUGGGAUUUCCAAGUGGGGGACGGCACUCUCCAGCAGCCUGGGGAUGGCCAUGUCCGCACCGACCAGGCCUGUGGAGAGUGCUCAGCCUAACCUUAGAACACAUUUGUAACUGAAUACAGUGUUUUCAAUUUGUACAGAAUAGUUAGAAUAUUCUAUUAAAGUUGUGAAACAUGGAGUCA